UGUUUCCGUUAAGAUCGUUAGUAUCUAUCUUACUUUGAAAGUGUAAACAACCGAAAGUGGUGUUUUCAGUUUUAGAUAGCUUGACACAGUUGGAGGAGGAGUGACAUUUAUGGAGGCGAAACAUCCCGGAGAAUAAGUUUAUCGACUGCAGUCAAACAGUGACAGUCAAACAGUCAAACUGUGUUAACAUGUCUGAGUGUUUCCCUUCUUCUUGACGGCGGAGAGGCAGCGUUUUCAUGAUGUCGGUCACCACAGUGGAGGCGUUUCCAUGAUGGCCAAACUGAGGAGCAAACUUUAGGAAAGUCUUCUCUUAUGCCCGUUAUCACCUUAAUAUUAGCAACACCACCAUGGCAUACUCUACUUUUAUCUCCAUAUUAGCUUUUAGUUUGUACUUCGGCGUGUCCAAGUGUUACUUCGCGAUACCGCUGAAGAUUUACCCGGGGAAGUUGAACGUGUCCUCGGAGCUGAGUCGCAGGGUGGUGUUGACGGUCGAUGGGACCGAUGGGAACGGCCUCUCGCUGGCCUCGGACCCCAGCGGCACCGUGGACUUCCUGGACAUGGUGAACAACCUGCAGGGAGACUCUGGGAGAGGCUACUACAUCGAGAUGGCUCUUGGUACUCCUGGGCAAAAGGUGAACAUCCUGGUGGAUACGGGCAGCAGUAACUUCGCCGUGGCUGCAGCCUCACACCCAUUCAUUACUCACUACUUCAACACUGCACUCUCCAGUACAUACCAGUCAGUUGGCCGGACUGUGGGUGUCAGAUACACGCAGGGAAACUGGGAAGGUGAACUGGGCAUCGACCGCGUCUCCAUCCCCAACGGCCCCAACGGGACCUUCAUCAUCAACAUCGCUGUCAUCCUGUCCUCCGAAGGCUUCUUCCUCCCCGGGAUCAACUGGCAGGGCAUCCUGGGUCUGGCUUACCCCAUGCUGGCACGGCCUGACUCGUCCGUGGAGCCUUUCUUCGACUCCUUGGUGCAGCAGCUGGGAAUCCCAGACAUCUUCUCCCUCCAGAUGUGCGGUGCUGGGCUGUCAGCCAGCAGCACAGCGGACCCCAUAGGAGGCAGUCUUAUCAUAGGCGGGGCUGAGCCGGCUCUGUAUCAGGGAUCUGUGUGGUACACCCCCAUCGUAGAGGAGUGGUACUAUCAGGUGGAGGUUUUGAAGCUGGAGGUGGGCGACCAGAAUCUGGACCUGGACUGCAGAGAGUACAACACGGAUAAAGCUAUAGUCGACAGCGGGACGACACUGCUGCGUCUUCCUGCCAACGUCUUCAAUGCGGUGGUAGACGCCAUCACACGCACCUCUCUGAUCCAGGACUUUUCAUCAGGGUUCUGGGAUGGCAGCAAGUAUGCGUGCUGGUUGAAGGGAGAGACGCCCUGGAUGUUUUUCCCCAAACUAUCCAUCUACCUGAGGGCCACGAACACCAGCCAGUCCUUCCGCAUCACCAUCCUGCCUCAGCUGUACAUCCAGCCAAUCACAGACGUGGACGGCACGCUGGACUGCUUUCGUUUCGGGUUGUCGUCGUCAGCCAAUGGCCUGGUGAUCGGUGCUACCGUUAUGGAGGGCUUCUACGUGGUGUUUGACCGAGCCCAGCGGAGAGUGGGCUUCGCUCUCAGUAACUGUGCAGUGAGAGGGGGGGUGGCCCUCUCAGAGAUCGCGGGGCCCUUCUCAGCAGCAGACGUGGCGUCUAACUGUCCGUGGGGCCCUCAGAAGGAGCCCCUCCUCUGGAUGAUCUCCUACGCCCUGAUGGCGGUGUGCGCGGUGAUCCUCGUGGUGCUGCUGCUGCUGCUGGUGCUGCCCUGCCGCUGCAGAGCGCGCUCAGGGGAGAUCACCGACGAGUCCUCGCUGGUCCGACACCGCAUCAAGUGACUGAGAGGGAACGGGCCGAGGAGCAGCGAGCGACACACACAAUCCACGGAGGCGGAGAAAGUUGUGACGCUCGCUGCCGAAAGCCUGACUGACACUAAACUGCACUCUUCAGUUUUACCCCAUGGAGGUACACAGACAGAUAAACUGACCCCUGACGGGAAAAUCCACCACAAAAACAUUGCCUUAAAAACAUUGCCUUAAAAACAGCUGUUGUGGUCUUCAUGGUUCAAAUGUCUUCUUUGAUGGUGCCUCUUUCUUGUUCUCACAACAUGUCAUAUGUGACAAAGAAAAUAUGCAAUUUAUACAGCGACUGCAGCUUUAAAAGUUCAUAGCGUUUGUAGCUACAGGACAGUUUUUACUGAUGGGUAUGAGUUGCUUUUUCUCACCUGGAAACUCUUGUUUGCUAUCAGUAUUGCAACUACACUGACUCAAUUUGAGUGUAGUUUGAGAGAGCACUAAAAUCAAACUCAUGCUUUUUUUCUUGAGACCUCUCAAAAGGUAUUCUGGGAAAUGUAGGACAUCCUCCUCACAGACAAUCACAAGAUGCUUACUAACAAUUGAUGCAUUUUGAACAAUUUUAUAACUACUGAUUUUUUCUCUUUAGGCAAACAGUGUUUUAUUAAUGUCUAAAUGCACGACCUGACAAUGUCAGUCUGAUUUACUACAGUGUGUGAUCAAUGAAGGAAUGCUCCUGGUGCCUUCUUCUAUAAAGUGGUGCAGGAAUUAUGUUUUUUUUGUAGGCCGUCCAAGAAGUUAGCAUGGCAAAGGGCUCCCUCUACAAAAAGCAGUUCGAUUUUUCUUUGGAUUUUGCAGAAAUAUUAACUCCACUUUAUGAUUUCUGAAGUAAAAAGCUAACACUAGGCUAUAAAGGAACUACAGCACGGUCAUAUGACUUCACAUCACUAAGCUAAAGGCGGCUAAUGUUCGGUGUGAUGACGUUUAGUCGUCUCAUUUAGACACUUGUUAGCAACAGCUGUUUUGUCGAUGGUUGUGACUUUGAGUAAAGCGGAGGGUGGUGAAAUGCUGACCCAUUUCCGUCUAUACGGACCACUCUAUUUUGAAGUUAGGUUAAAUUGAAAGCCUGCCUGUGUGUGUUGGAGUUGAGAAAAGCUGCUCAAAUGAUCACUGUUAUUAGAAGAAUAUUUGUUCACACGUUUACAGAUCCUGUAGUGCCUUUGAGUCUCUCUGCUGACACACUGGCCGUUUCUCAAUGUCGAGUAAACCUGCUGCAGAGCCACUAUUUCAAGUAUACUACGUCAUCGAGUGGCGCCGAAGGACUGUUUAAAUGCAUGUUAAAUGCCCAGCAUUCGGCGCCACUCGAUGACGUAGUAUACUUGAAAUAGUGGCUCUGCAGCAGGUAUACUCGACAUUGAGAAACGGCUGCAGAUACACACAAUCAGCUGUUGGAGACGUCAUCUGCUGAAAUGCACUUUGUUUCUUAAGUCAAUCAAAAGUGUAUAAUGAAACUAGAGAUCAAUAUUUUUUGAUCUGUUAUGCAAUUUAAUGUAUUAAUGUAAUUGUACUACUAAUUCUGUCUACGUUUAUUUAAAUGUGAUUGUAUUGUAAUCCCAAAUCGUUAAUUUUUAGACACUUCUGUAGGUAUUUAUAUUGCAUUUCUAUUUUAUACAAACACUACAAUUAGAGGCAACAUUAUUUUUGAAUAUGACACAAACACACACUCCUUCAGUGGACUACGAUUAGCUGUGCUGAUGUGAGCAAUAAAACAUUAGGUGUCAUUUUACACUAGUGACAGGUCAUACGUAUACUUUAAUGAGUAAAUAUGACGCAUGCUACAGUAGAUCUCAAUGUCUUUCAAAAUUCAAAGUUGUCUUUGAAUGUUGGCUUAUUUAUAAGUGAUAUCUUUGGUGCCAAAAUCCUGCUUGUGCCGCAAAAACUUGUGACCAAAUCAAAAAUGUAAUGUAAUAAAUGAAUAAAGAUGUCUUUGUGAGAAAAA